AUGAUCUCCUCAUUUCGGUAUACUGCUAUUUUAUCAUGUAGCGGACUGGCGGUGCUAGACCUCCUGAGGCCUGCUGCGGGUGACUUCACGCAACUUAGAGGUCGUAAAAGAGCUCUCAAGCAGAGCCUUACUAGACAGCAAAAGCUCGAACGUCGACUGAAAAGAGAAGAAAAAGAAGCUGCUCGUAAACAGUAUACAUUCAUGGAGCGAAUCAACAUUCGUAGAAUGAAAAAUUUACUUUCACCAUCUCAGCAGUUUCCUGGUCGUCUGUGUCGCGAAGAUGAGGCCAAUCUUCCUGAUAAACCUCUAACUAACAUCUUCAUAAGGAGUAAAGUGAAGACACAGUUCUAUUCUGUAGCUGAAGCCCUUGCACGACAUCGGGUCCUACAACAACCUUCUAUAUUCAAUAAUCCAAACGCUCCGGUAAGGCUGCGGCUCGAACUAAACAUGUCCACAGAGAGACAGACUAAAAUGGUAACGAAUUCCGACGAAAUUGUACCAGUACCUUACCCGUUUCCUCAUAGCGAGAAACGCACAAUUCUUGCAUUCGUAAAUGAUCCGAAACUUCAAGAAAUUGCUGUGGAAUCUGGCGCUGAAAUCGCUCUCGGCCAGGACGUCAUUAAGAAAAUAAUAAAGGGUCAUUUUCGGACUGAUGAUUAUGAUUUCUGCGUUGCUCACGUUGACAUGGCCUCCUAUCUUUUGCCUUUAAGAGGUAUCCUUCGGACCAAGUUCCCCUCUCGUUUCAACGGUGGACUUGGCGAAGACCUGCCCGAGCUUAUCCAGAAGUUCAAGAGUGGUGUGAAGCUUUCUAUCAAAGGUGAUCCCGUCUAUCCUAUAUGGGGGCUCAGUAACGCUGUCGUUGGCAGGCUCACCAUGCCUGAAGUCGAAAUUGAAGCGAAUAUAGCUGCUGUGAUAAGAUCUGCAUGUGCACAUAGGAAUGCUGCUUUGGGGCCAUUCAUCAAUAGAGCUCUCUUGAUGACUAUCCCAGGCGAGGAACACUAUGCUCUCAACGUUGACCAAUGGUUGCCCGUUCCUACUGAGGAGGAAAUCGAGAAGCUGGAGAAACGUCGUAGCAAGAAAGGGAAGAAGAAGGAGGAAAAGAAGGAAGGUGAUGACGAGGAACUGCUAACGGCUACUGCUUAA